AUGUGGCCGCCAACAACAAUAGCAACAACGCCUCUCCAUGUUGAUAAUGACGGUGACGAUGAUGAUGAUGAUGGCACGACGACGACAACAACGGCCACGACGACGGCACUUGGCCUUGAGCAAAGCGACCGAGAUGGGGGCAUGUGGCCGUCAGUCUGGCUGCCUACUCCGCCUCAGCCUGGACUCCUCGCCGCUGGGCGCCUCCAGGAACCAUGGCAGCCUUUCAUCUUCAACGGCGAGGCCAAGCGGAGACCUCAGACCCUCGGCCGCCCCACCGCUUGCUGGGGAUUUGUGAUGCUUGGACUGCCAGGAACAGACGCUGUGGCCAGCCCUCGUGCCCAAUCGCCGCCUCGCCCUGCCCGGCCUGGCUCUGACGAGAUUCCAUAG